GCGCCUGCGUCGUGGGCGUUCUCGGGGAGCAGCUGCCGUCGCCGCCGACGCCACUGCCGCGUUCGGGUGUCGAAUGUGGAAUCCCUGCGCCUCGCUAACAAUGAAGCAGAGUUCGAACGUGCCCGCCUUCCUCAGCAAGCUGUGGACGCUCGUGGAGGAGACCCACACCAACGAGUUCAUCACCUGGAGCCAGAAUGGUCAAAGUUUUCUGGUUUUGGAUGAACAAAGGUUUGCGAAAGAAAUACUUCCCAAAUACUUCAAGCACAAUAACAUGGCAAGCUUUGUGAGGCAACUGAAUAUGUAUGGUUUCCGUAAAGUAGUACAUAUUGACUCUGGAAUUGUAAAGCAGGAACGAGAUGGUCCUGUUGAAUUUCAGCAUCCUUACUUCAAACAAGGCCAGGAUGACUUGUUGGAGAACAUUAAAAGGAAGGUUUCAUCUUCAAAACCAGAAGAAAAUAAAAUUCGUCAGGAAGAUUUAACAAAAAUUAUAAGUAGUGCUCAGAAGGUUCAAAUAAAACAAGAGACUAUUGAGUCCAGGCUUUCUGAGUUAAAAAGUGAGAAUGAGUCCCUUUGGAAGGAGGUGUCAGAAUUACGAGCAAAACAUGCGCAACAGCAACAAGUUAUUCGAAAGAUUGUCCAGUUUAUUGUUACAUUGGUUCAGAAUAACCAGCUUGUGAGUUUAAAACGUAAAAGGCCUCUACUUCUGAACACUAAUGGAGCCCAAAAGAAGAAUCUAUUUCAGCACAUAGUCAAAGAACCAGCUGAUAAUCACCAUCAUAAAGUUCCACACAGUAGGACUGAAGGUUUAAAACCAAGGGAGCGGAUUUCAGAUGACAUCAUUAUUUAUGAUGUUACUGAUGAUAAUGCAGAUGAAGAAAAUAUCCCAGUUAUUCCAGAAACUAAUGAAGAUAUCAUAUCUGAUCCCUCCAACUGUAGCCAGUACCCUGAUAUUGUCAUUGUUGAAGAUGACAAUGAAGAUGAAUAUGCACCGGUCAUUCAGAGUGGAGAUCAGAAUGAACCAGCCAGAGAAUCCCUAAGUUCGACUGCAGAUGAUCCUGUUACCAUGAUGGAUUCCAUUUUAAAUGAUAACAUCAAUCUUUUGGGAAAGGUUGAGCUGUUGGAUUAUCUUGACAGUAUUGAUUGCAGUUUAGAGGACUUCCAAGCCAUGCUGUCUGGAAGACAGUUUAGCAUAGACCCAGAUCUCCUGGUUGAUCUUUUCACUAGUUCUGUGCAGAUGAAUCCCACAGAUUACAUCAAUAAUACAAAAUCGGAGAAUAAAGGAUUAGAAACUACCAAGAACAAUGUAGUUCAGCCAGUUUCAGAAGAGGGAAGAAAAUCUAAACCCAAAACAGAUAAACAGCUUAUCCAGUACACUGCCUUUCCACUUCUUGCAUUCCUUGAUGGGAACCCUGCUUCUGCUGUUGAACAGGGGAGCACAGCAUCAUCAGAAGUUAUGUCCUCUGUAGAUAAGCCCAUAGAAGUUGAUGAGCUUCUGGAUAGCAGCCUGGACCCAGAACCAACCCAAAGUAAGCUUGUUCGCCUGGAGCCGUUGACUGAAGCCGAAGCUAGUGAAGCCACACUGUUCUAUUUAUGUGAACUGGCUCCUGCACCUCUGGAUAGUGAUAUGCCACUUUUAGAUAGCUAAAUUCCCAAGAAGUGGACUCUACAUGUAUAUAUUCAUCAAAAUGAUGAACUAUUUAUUUUAAAGUAUUAUUUGGUACCCGUUUUUUUGUAAAUUGCUUUGUUUUGUUUUAAUUGGAUACUGUGGAAUCAAAAGCACCUUUUGCUUUUCUCACUAACCACACAGUCUUGCAAAGCUUUCAGAUACUACUCAGCUAUAUAGGUACACAAAAUGUAAUGCACAUUAUUGCAUAUCUUUAAGUUGGAUUCAGGUGGGCAUUUUUUUCUGAUUGUAGUAAAUUUGAAUUAUUUUUUAUAUAUAUGCCCAUUAACCCAGGUUAAACUUUUAUUUGUUUUACUUGUUUGAUGCUGUCUGUUGGCAUUGAGUGUAAGUCACUAAAAUUAAUGGUAGAACUCCUAAAGCUUUCUCUGUUCCAAUUACUUUUACUAAGUAUUUUUCACUUGGCUUAUUUUUAAAACUGGGAACAUAAAGUGCCUGUAUCUUGUAAAACUUCAUUUGUCUCUCUUGGUUCAGAGAAGUUCAUUCAUGUUCAUCAGGAAAGGCAAAGUAUACAUGAGUGCUUGCUGUCUGAUAUGGUUCCAGUUCUGUAUACCUAGAAGGGGAUGGGAUGGUGUCAGCCCAAUCCACCUAGUUGGACUAGUUUUAAGUAAAAGUUUUUGGUUUGUUUUUGAACCAUAAUAUUUAGUAAAAUAAAUAUAAUGAAUGUUGCAUUCUA